AUGAGAUCACAAUUCAAAGACGAAAACUCGCUUGAGAAACGAAGCUCGGAGUCGGCCAGAAUCUUGCAGAGGUUCAAAGACAGGCUCCCUGUGAUUUGCGAAAAAGUCGAGAAUUCCGACAUCCAGGAAAUAGACAAGCGAAAGUACUUGGUGCCCGGCGACUUGACUGUGGGCCAGUUUGUCUACGUGAUCAGGAAACGCAUCAAGUUGCCUUCAGAAAAGGCCAUCUUCAUUUUUGUGAACGACAUCUUGCCGCCCACCGCGGCGUUGAUGAGCAGUAUCUACGAGGAACACAAAGAUGAGGACGGCUUUUUGUACGUGUUGUACUCUGGCGAGAACACGUUUGGUCAGAUUGAUCUUUCGCAGAUCGACUUCUCCGACGUGCCUCGUUGUUGA